AAGACAAACAUACACAUUGUGGCAGGUGAUCUUAUCUUUGAUCCUAACAGGAUCACGUUCAUGACACUUCAUUUUGAUGUUGCGAAUCAUUUACAUAAAGAUCGUGAGGCCUUUAAACUCACAAACAUCUAUGGAAACCCAGCUAGGGAACGUUUCCUGACCAUCUAUACUAAGCAUCAGUGUUCUAGUGUCCGUAAUUCAUUUCACGAGUUGCUACGUGACAGUGUCAUUGGCGAUGACACAAGCACACUAUCAGACUUUAUUUAUGACUGUUCGAAUCGUUUCCGUCGUGCAGGCGGGAACUCAGACCUUGGACAUCCAGUCCGCACCCGUUUGGCUAUCUUACAUCGUUUUGCAUAUGAAAACCCUCAUUUGCUUGACUGGGCAGAGGAAGAAGAUGAGAGUCUCUCAACACCAAGUGCAGAAGAUGCUAAAGACUCUCCUAUCGGAGAACCACUGAAGAAGAAGCGCAAGCGCGGCCAAGGCGGGCGCACCACCAAAGGCGAGGACUUCUGGUCCAAAGUUGAAAUGUGGUUUGAGGCGCGACAGAAGCAGUGGGGAGAUUCUUGGGGGACACCAGGCUGGACUGCGUAUGUUUGCCUGACUGUCUGGCUGCACAUCAAGCUGACCUAG